AUGUGUGCGCAAGUGGUCAAGCUACAGACGCAUCACGCCGAAAGGCGCGCGAGGGUGGCAAGGAAGGGUCAAGUGCAGUGCAGCGACAAGAAGAGGCUGACGGAACUGUGGGCAAGAGGCAGUGCAACGUGUAUUGAGAUGUGGAGACGACAGGACCGGUGCAUGUCUUGGCGGACCAUUGGCUGCCUCACCAUCCAGGGCGUGGGCAAGACACAGCACAAGACAGGACAGGGGACAUCCGACAAGACACAGCACAAGACAGGACAGGGGACAUCCGACAAGACACAGCACAAGACAGGACAGGGGACAUCCGACAAGACACAGCACAAGACAGGACAGGGGACAUCCGACAAGACACAGCACAAGACAGGACAGGGGACAUCCGACAAGACACAGCACAAGACAGGACAGGGGACAUCUAACAAGACACAGCACAAGACAGGACAGGGGACAUCCGACAAGACACAGCACAAGACAGGACAGGGGACAUCCGACAAGACACAGCACAAGACAGGACAGGGGACAUCCGACAAGACACAGCACAAGACAGGACAGGGGACAUCCGACAAAAGACCAGGCCAAAGGCAGGCACGACUCGACGCGACGCGACACCCCGACUCUCCACUCUCCCGCAAGUCCCGCGGUUUCCCAAGGUUGGCGUUCGUUUUGGUUGGCUCUCGGUCGGCCCUUCCUUUUGGUCCGCAUUUGAUCGUCCAGCCCCCUCUCCCGGGCGCAUCGCCAAACACUUGCGAAGGGAAGAAGAAGCUGCGGGUGUUGUGGUUUGGGACUAGUGGGCUUGGCGGAGAGGAUGUGGGACUGGGGCACAGACAGGAACACGUUUGGGAAGGAAGGAAGGAAGGAAGGAAGGAAGGAAGGAAGGAAGGAAGUACUGGCCAUCUCUAG